AUGGUCUCCAAGUCUCCGUCGACCAUGGUAAAGGCUGGAUACAAGAAAAUACAGGAUACCUGCAAAAUGGCACAGACGAGGGGUCAGCAAUGGGCCUGGAUUGACACCUGUUGCAUCGACAAGUCGAGCAGCGCCGAGCUCACCGAGAGCAUCAACUCCAUGUACCGCUGGUACAAAAAUGCCCAUGAAUGCUACGCCUAUCUUGUCGACUUUACUCCCGGGGCAUGGCCGGAACUUGAGCUCGGCAUAUGCCGCUGGUUCAAACGAGGGUUCACCUUGCAGGAACUCAUUGCGCCCAAAACAGUGAUAUUGUUCGACAGAGACUGGAAUGUCGUGGGGGAGAAAGGCGACAACCGCAUCCUGGAAUUCAUCAACCGCAUCACGCGUGUUUCAAAGGACAUCCUUCUCCAUCGUCGGUCACUGAGUGACUUUGCGAUUGCCGAGCGGAUGCUCUGGGCCUCGUCUCGUGAAACGACCCGUCCUGAAGACAAAGCUUACUGUCUACUCGGAAUAUUCGAGGUCAAUAUGCCACUCAUCUACGGAGAAGGCGACAAUGCUUUCCGCAGACUCCAAGAGGAGAUCAUCAAGCGUAGCAACGAUUUGUCAAUCUUUCUUUGGGGUGAACCUCUUAAUUUUCAACCGAAGAACAGCAAGAAAAGCUUGACGGAGCAUCCCUCAUGUAACCUUUUUGCUACUUCACCGGCAGACUUUGGGGCAACA